AUGACCCAAAAAAAAGUACAAGCGUUAAAAUCAAUGUUUGAUCAUAAUGAUGGCGUUUCUUAUAGGAAAGCAGGUAGAAAAUUUAGAAUAUCAGCUUGUUAUGCCCAUAAAAUUAUUCAGACAAAAUCAAAGAUCAAGAAAAGAAAGAAGAAAAAGAUUCCACAUCGAGCUAAUGAUCAAAAACUGAUUGCUAAAACAAAGUGUGGUAGAUUAUAUCGAGCUUUUAGCAAAUUUGAUUGGAUCAUUGAUGAUGAAUCUUAUUUUACUCUUUCUCAUUCAUCAAUCAACGGAAACGAUAAUUUCUACACAAGUGACAUAAACCUUUGCCCAUCUAGUGUCAAAUAUUAUACAAAGCGAAAGUAUGAACCCAAGCUCCUGGUCUGGGUAGCUUUUUCUGUAAAAGGAAUGUCAAAAAUUCUAAUCCGUCAAAGUGGUCUUGCAAUCAAUCAAAAAAUCUACUUAGAAGAUUGUAUUAAGAAACAUCUUAUUCCUUUUAUUAAAGAGCAUCAUCAAGACAGUCAAUUCGUAUUUUGGCCAGAUCUGGCGACGUCUCAUUAUGCUAAAUCUGUUCAAGCUUAUUUAAAUGGACAAAACGUCAGAUUUGUACCAAAAGAAGAUAACCCUGCAAAUGUACCAGAAGCAAGACCUAUUGAGGAUUUUUGGUCAAUAAUAAGGUUUAGUUUACAAGGAUAA